AUGGGUAUGAAUGCUGGUAUCAAGGUUAUGCGUCGUAUUACUGACGAACAACGUUGGCUAGAAUUUCUUCGAGCAGUCGUUGAAUAUUCCAAAGAUGAUCCUCGAGUAUGUAUGGAUGUGAAAAUAAAUUUCGAUGCACACAUAAAACCUGUGUCCGAUAUAUCACUGCGACUUUUUCAUUUGACUGAAGCGUUCAAUUUUGUACCAGGUGAUUGGUAUAAAUUAGGUUUCUGGAAUACUAAAUUUCAAAGUCGACAAAAUCAAGUAUUCGAAAUGAUAGGCAUCACUAAUAAAACUGAACUAGAAGAGUUUUUAGAGUUUGAAUUUGAAAGACAAAAUCAACUACAUAAAAUAACGAGUAAUAACGAGGAUACCAAAAGGUUUAAUUCGUCGCACAAUAAACUCGAAAGACAAUAUGAACUUCACGAAACGAUGCGCAACAAGUUGGAAGUCGAAUUAAGAGAAGCAACAGUUGCUAAGCUGCAAACUGAAGUUAUCCGGUUGAACUAUACAGAUGUGGAUAUAGAACAACUCGUGUCUAAUUCAUAUUUAGUUCCAGCACAAGCCAUUGUAUUCCAUGUGGGAGAGAGAUCCGAACUACCAAUGUAUGCACAUCAUUUCAAAGCUAUGGAAUCGAAAGUGACCUGGAGAGGUUUCAUGGUUAACGUUGUCUUACAAGGUGUCAGCAAAUUGCUUCAACAGUUCUUUCCCGGCCAUACAAAAUAUUGGAGUGAAUCUGAGGACUAUGAAGAUUCAGUUUAUAAUGAUCGGGUAUCCGAUGAAUCACACGAUGAAACAGAUCAUUUUUAUUACAAUCUUAUCAAAUCUAUCAAUGAGAAAGAUAAUACUACUACUUGA